GUGGACGGCAGCGGUGGUCCCACGUGUGGGACAUCGCGCUGGCCCAGGCUGCAGCCUACCGCAGCCUGGCACGGGCAGGGCGCCCGCGCAAGGGCAAGGCGGCGAUGGGCAAGGCGCGGCGCAGUCUGGAGCUCGCCUCCGCGGUGGCCCGCGUUACCGAGCGUGCUCUCGACUCGAGGCUGCGCAC